AUGAUGUUAUUUCUUCGUAUUGUUAGGAGCGACGAAGAAAAAGAUAUUUGUGGAUGCAAUCGGCCAUACGAACCUUAUCACACGCAUAAAAGGUUCGAAUCAUCCGAUAGUAAAUGGACGAUGUUUGAUCAUACUGUUCCAGUAACAAAACCGGCUCAUGGUAUGCUUCCAAGUGGAGGUUUAUAUGCACGAAUUGCUUUGGAUACACAUGAAGGAAAAGUAGAAAAACUUCUUCUCGAAUAUUGGAAAAUUCCGAAACCUCGGCUGAUUAUGUCAAUUCUUGGAGGUCAAAAAUAUUUUAAAUUAAGUGAUCGACUUGAAUCAAAUUUUAUCAAUGGUAUUAUUGAUGUUGCUCUUAAUUCAGAUGCAUGGUUAAUAACAAAUGGGUAUAAUGUUGGUAUUGUUCAACUUGUUGGAGAAGCUAUUAAUAAAAUAAAAUUAACACAUCCAAAAUAUUUGAUUACGGCUAUUGCAAUUUGUAAAUGGGGAAGUGCAAAAGAUGUUGACGAAUUAACCAAGUCUGACAAUGGAAUAGAGAAUAAUAUUAAUGAUCAGGAAGAACAUGUAAAUCAACGUUCAAGGGGUGAACGUGACCUUGACAUGAAUCAUACUCAUUAUCUUAUGUUAGAUGAUGGGACAGUUCGAUAUUAUAAUAUAGGCGAUUAUAGAACAAAAUUAUGUGCUUAUAUUGGAAAAUUACAUCAUUAUAUUGAAUACCCUAUUCCUAUUGUUACUAUUGUGGUAGAAGGUGGUAGACAAACUAUAGAGGAUGUAUAUCAUGAUUUGAAGGCAAACAUUCCUGUUAUUAUUAUCGAUGUAAAAUUUGAUGACAUCAAUCGUUAUGCUGAUACUGUAUACGAAAUCGAAGAAGUCGUCAAUGUAACACAGAUUGAAAAGUAUUCAACUGGAACCUCAAAUCCAGUUGCAGCAAAAAGUUCGAAAUCCAGAAAAAAUUCAAAACAGUUUGAACUUACUCUUGAUAAAUCUGAAAAACAACUUGAACAAUUGUUUCUUAAAUAUCGCGAACAACUUAAAGAAAGCCUCCGAAUGAUAAUAACACAUGAUGAUGAAAAGCAAAAGAAAAAACAAAACACUACACAAUCAACUGAAAAAGAUUCUAAAAUGGAGAAGAAAUUAAUCAAGGCACUGAAUUAUAUUAUGUAUUGUCUUCAACCAGCUGUUCGUUCUGGAAUAAAUAUAUUUAGUUUAAAUUCGGAUGAUAAAUUAUCAGAUACUAUUUUUCGAACACGUCAACAACUUUUCAAGAAAAAAGAAAAUGAGGAACAGGAUAAAAUGGAAUUGAAUCAACGUAGAUCCAAAAGAAAUCCUAAUAUAGACGAUAAAAUUCAUCAAUCGCGGAUAUAUCAAGACGUUAAAAAAAUUGAUGAUAUUGCACAACGAUCACAAUUAUUAGAAUUAGCGAUGGAUUGGGAUUGUAUUGAAGUGGCAAGAGAAUUAAUUUUAGAGAAUUCAUUAAAUAAUAUCCUGAAAAAAGAUGAAAUUUUUUUAAAAGCUUUAACUAAAGGUUUACCAGCAUUUGUUUACGAAUUUCUUAAAUUGGGUAUUAGUCCAAGCAAAAUAUUCUUUCCAAAUGAAACAUUUAUUAAUGAAAAGAAUCGAUAUGAAAAAUUUAUCGGGCGUCUAUAUACAAACGAGAAAGUGAAUGCGGAUUCAACACAUUUGAGUAUGUUUAUUGACUCAAUUUCUGACUCUAAGGAAAAAAGUAUCACUUCUACUGAUGACCUUAAUACAAUUCUUGGUAAAAUUAUUGGUGAUUAUAUGAGUGAUUUAUAUUUUCGUAGUGCUGAUCAAGAGAAAGACUAUCGCAUUGCAUGGGGUUUAGAGAAAGAAGAUUAUGAAGCAGAUCAAGAUCAUCACCGCGAUACCAAAGCUAAACGGUCUAUGACUAGAGAAGAUCGAGAAAAAGCUCAAGACUAUAUAAUGCGCGAUCUAUUUAUAUGGUCAAUACUUGUCAAUCAUGUUGGCAUAGCUAAAGUUCUUUUAGCUUAUCUUAAAUAUCGUAUAUGUGCUGCAUUGAUUGCAACGAAAAUUUUAAAAAAAUACCACAGUAAAGCGAUAUAUGGUGAUUUAAAAGAUAAUUAUAAAAAAGAUGCCAAUUAUUUUGAACAAUAUGCUAUUGCUUGUAUAACACAAUGUGAAAAAAAUGAUUCCGAACAAGCAUGCCAAAUUGUGCUACAAAGAAUAGAACUUUAUGGAUAUGUUUCAUGUCUUCAGGUUGCCUCUGAUGCUGAGGAUAAAUUAUUUAUAGCAACACCUUGUUGUGUACAAUCAAUGAAUAACAUUUGGUACGAUAAAAUUUUACCGAAUGAAUCAAGAAAGUUAAAUAGUGUUCUAUUAUUUAUUGGUAUUAUAUCAUUUGGUCUACUUUCUCCAUUUAUACUCACUUAUCGAAAACUGGCAACGGUUAGAAUAUAUUUUUAUUUAAAUUUAUUAAGAUAA